UGAUCUAUUGGGGGUGUCGUUGAUAAUUAGCGCUGUAUGGUUGAGUAGUCCUCUCAAGUCUAAACAGUCAAAGCCUCUGAGCAUUGGAGAAGAAGGAGAAGGAGGGAGAGAUGUGGGCAAGCUCAGAAGGAGGAGCCCCGGAGGUGACUCUGGAAACCUCCAUGGGCUCCUUUACCCUCGAGAUGUACUACAAGCACGCUCCGAGGACUUGUAGGAACUUCAUAGAGCUGGCUCGUCGAGGCUAUUACGACGACGUCAAGUUCCAUAGAAUCAUCAAGGAUUUCGUAGUGCAAGGUGGAGACCCUACGGGCACUGGCCGCGGUGGCGAAUCCAUCUACGGUCCCAAAUUCGAGGAUGAGAUUACUCCGCAGCUUAAGCAUACUGGAGCUGGUAUCAUAUGCAUGGCAAAUGCUGGUCCAAAUACUAAUGGAAGCCAGUUUUUCAUUACCUUGGCACCUGCACAGUCACUUGACGGGAAACAUGCAAUAUUUGGAAGAGUAUGUAGGGGAAUGGAAAUUGUCAAGAGACUCGGCAGUGUUCAGACUGACAACACGGAUAGACCAAUCCAUGAUGUGAAGAUACUGCGGGCUGUAGUCAAAGAUUGAUGUAUAUCGUGUGGCUCGAGUAUUCGAGGUUCAGCAGUUACAAGUAGAAACAAGUGAUUGAAAUUCAGAAAUGUCAAAACUAUUGGUAGGGUUUUUUUUGUUUUUUUAAAUCAAAGGGAAAAAAAAAAGGAACUCUUUGGAAAUGUUGCAACGGAUAUACUUUGAAAAGGGUUUAAUUUGUGGUUCUAAUUUGCUCCCUUCUUCAUCUGAUUUUUGGUUUUCCCUUAUUGUUAUUCAAUGUCAUGAAUCUUGAGCCUCAUUUCUCAUAAUUCGACAGCAGUGCCAUUCUCCUCU